UCACCAUGAAGAUCAUUCUUGUUGUUGUGACCUUGUCUGUUCUACUGGCGGGAGCCGCGGCUCUGAAAUGCUACCAGUGUUCGUUGAAGGACUCGGACGCCAACUGCAACAGCCGCGGGCCCACCCAGUGUGAUAGUGAUGGCGCGGACACCUGCACAACGUUGUCUGCCAAAUCGGGGAGCCUGAAGACCAUUACCAAGUCCUGCGGCUUGAAAGCGAACUGCGAGAGGCUGAGCUGGUCAGCGGCGGAAACUACCUGCAAGGCGGGUUCACAGAGCGUGUCCGGAUGUCUCCAGUGUUGCCAAGGAGACGCGUGUAACGCCGUGACGUCAUUCAAGAGUGACGCAACCACCGCUUCAGUCAGCAUUCUGGCAACCGUCGCUAUGGCAACGUUAACUUACAUUCUUCAAUUGAUGGUUUAAAGAGUAACCAUUAGAUAAAAAGAGUAAAAUUAACUUGAAACUUUUUGCAAUACAAUUGAUGGUACGAUAAUGAUCUUUACGUUUAAUAUUGUAUAACUAUCUUGUUCUGAUUACUCGAUGUCCCAGAUAGAUUACAACAUAAAUCUCAAAGGCUAGUCAUCAGCUUUGGACUCCUUUAUUGGAAUAUGUAUCAUGAUGUGUAAAAUGAUAUGGGCCUGCAUGUAAGAACAAAAUAGCCACGCUAAGUAUUAACAGUUUGCGUCUUUCCAUAAUUUCAAUCUACAAAGUGACUGUUCAGCCUCGUUUGUCAAUUUGAGAUACGUGCGAAAAAAUUACAAUACCAUCAGCACACCCAUAGAUAUAAGCCGGACAAGCUCAGAAGUGAAAUAAUAAAGUAACAAUACCAUGAAUUAAAAUAUCGAACAUU